AUGAGCGGAACGGAAGUAACUGGAAGCUUAGCGGAACCAGUCAACGAUGGCGGGCACAACAGGAAGGCAGUCCGCUCGCCGUCUCCUGGCGUCGACACUAUCUCCCCCCACCGCGCUCUGCCCCAUACCACUUCAAAACCAACGAUGCUGCCUUCUACGGUCAGAGCUGCCUGGGUUCCAUUCCUCAACAGCCCCAACAAGGUCCUUCAGAAACAGAGGAUCUUCCAGGACCGGUUCAACCACCAUGUUCCCACCCACCUAAUUGCGCCUGGAUCGGGGCUGAUCUACGGCACCUAUGUCACUUUCUGGGGUGUUGGCCUCGUGGGUACAGCCUUCAUGGCAUAUCAGAUGAUCAUGGGCAAGAAAACCACUGCCGACUAA